AUGAAGUUUAACUUUCCUGAGAGUGUAGAGAAGGAGUUGGCCCAACAGGCUAAACAAGAACAACAAAGAACCAACGGGAAAAUUACUUUCUCGCAACAUACAUUGCCUGUUCAACAAGAAGAUAAAACAAAUGUCACCCAGAAAAUGACUCCGAAGGAACUAGAACACCAACAACGGAAAAUAGAAAAUAUAUCUUCUAAGCUAUAUACUCCGCAAUCCCCACUUACUCCUGAAUUUCGUUCGAAAUCUUCUGAAAUCGAAGAACGACUACAAAGAAUUAAAACCCGAUUUGAUUCCAUUAAAAAAAAGGAAGAGGCCAGGAUUGCUCAAAUUCAAAGAGAGGCUUGGCUCAGGUACAGCCAUACUAGUAAGCCAACAUUGCAGGACUUUAAGCGGCCAUUAACUUCUUUCUUUUUAUUUGCAAGCGCUAUUUAUAUAACACUGCAGUUUUCAUGGUAUGCGUUGGAGAGAGAGAAAUAUAUUGAGGAAAUGGAAAACAAGCAAGACAAGAUUGUGAACGAGCUAAAUGAAGCUCUCAGAGAACAAAAGCAAAUUCUUGAUCAGUAUAAUAGUAUGGGUGGAGCCAGAAAGUGGUGGAAGUUAUGGUAA